ACAGGGAGAUGGGGUUGGUCGUUCGCUGACGGGCAGCAUAUUUCUGUACAACCCGCCAUUGCCUCCUACUUUUCUGCCCAUCAUAUACAUGGGGGCCGUGCCGUCGAUGCGCUAGAUGCCUGAAAAAUCCUCCCUCGCUAGACAUCAAGUGUAAAUACCGGUUAAGUCGCUCAUUAAGUCCACGAUUUGUGCCUUUGACAUGAGUGAGCGCGUGGAAGAAUGCAAGUCUUGCGGGGGAGGGGAUGUCUGUGACGCCCACAGGGACAUCCCCUGCCACAACAAAGAAAAAGAAAAAGAAGAAGGAAAGAGGUGGAAUCGGGCACGGCAAUCGUCCACUCUCGAGGCACAAUUUCUGGGGGAUGGACAGAGCAGUGGAGCAGGUCAGGCAGCGGGCCCGGGCCUGAGUCCGACCUCCGAGCAAUCCAUUCUUGGGGACGGGCACUCCCUGUCUUCCACCGCCCGCUCACUGAAAAGUGGCCCUCUGAUGCUGCGUUUCUUCAUCACUUUCGGCAUCGCCUGGAGUUCCACUAUCAUCAGCUGUCUCGGGCCGUAUUUUCCAUUGUACGUGAAGCGGAAAUUCGGAGCCUCCUCCACCCUCCUCGGUCUCAUUUUCUCCAUCACCUCUAUCGUCCAAUUCCUCACCUGCCCCUUGGUCGGGCCCCUCUCCCGCGCCUUCUCCCGCCUCGUCACCCUCAUGAUCGGCCUGGUCGUCCUCGCCGCUGGCGCCCUCCUCUUCGGCAUGCUGGAUUCCAUACCCGGAUUUAUCAUCGGCCGUCUCCUCCAAGGCAUUGGGAACGGCUUCCUCGAAGUCUCGGGCCUUUCCCUCCUCAUGCGUUUCUCCACCGACCUCCGCCGCGACAUCGGCCUUCUAGAAGGUGCCUCCGGCGUGGGCUCGCUCCUGGGGCCCUUGAUUGGAGGCUUCCUCUCGGCCCGCCUCGGUUUUCGCGCGCUUUUCGGGAUGAUGACCGCCCCUCUUCUUGCUCUGAUUCUUCUCCUCUGGGUGCGCCCCGGCGCGGUGCUCCCGCCCGAGCACAGCCGCGAAGGCCCCGUGUGCGAUAUGGGGAGCGACGGGGAGGGAGGGGGAGUGGAGGAGGAGGAAGAGGAAGAGGGAGGGCGGGAGGGGAUGGAGUACCGGGAGAGGAGGGCGGUGAGGGGCGUGGAGAUGGCGCCAUUGGCCCCGGGGGACACGGCUUGGGCCCGUCCAGACGCAGGGACCGACGGAGGGCUCGACGGAGGGCUCGAUGGAGGGCUCGAUGGAGGGCGGGCCACCGCCUCUGAGGAUGCCCUGCCGCUUUCUCCGACCUUCUCGCCCCCGCCUGUUGCCCCAUCCGCCUACGAAUCCUUCGCCGCCACCUCGCAAAAGCUCUUCCGUGCCCUGCUGGUCUCGCCCACCCUUCCUCUCUACAUCGCCGCUGUCCUGAUCCUGGCGGGGGGACUCUCCUUCAUGGACACCUCGUUGACCGAGCAUUUGAUGAUGGCCACGGGCGUUACCUCCUACACGGCCGGCUUGCUCUUCACGGUCCAG